UUGAUUCAAAUCUGAGGCUCCGUAGAGAAAGGAGUUUAUGGCCACUGUUGGGGUUGUGUUUGUCGGUAUCUUUUUAAGGAACGAGUAGCCGAAAGAAGCAAUGAGUUCUUCAGAUCUACAGUCCGCUGGCCAUGAAAGAAGCACUUCUUAUGACAACGUGUUUGUGUCUCCCGGUACCAGGAGGCAACCUCUUAGCUGCUCUGGAACUCCUGUUUUGGAGAAUUGUCCUGGGAAUGAUGAUGAGCGGGAGAGAAAGCAGCGGCGGCGUUCCAGAGUUGUUGACUUGCAAUUUAGCACUGAAUCGCCAUUAUCUGUACAAUCUCCGUCCCGCAAGCAAGCGGAAACAUCAUUGCCAGAAAUUCCCUGCCUGACAAAUAGCCAGAUAGCUGAUCAUUAUUCAACAUGUAUCAAACUAUCAACAGAAAAUAAAAUCACCACAAAAAAUGCAUUUGGCCUCCACCUCAUUGAUUAUAUGACAGAAAUACUCAAACAGAAGGACUCUGAGUUCACCAACUUUAAGGUAGCAGCUGGUACUUUGGAUGCCAGUAUGAAGAUCUAUGCUGUGAGAGUUGAUGCUGUCCAUGCAGAUGUCUACAGGGUUCUUGGAGGACUAGGCAAAGACUCUGCACCAGCAGAACCUGAAGAUGAGCGGGAUACAAGUGGAGAUAUGGAUUCUGAGAGCAGAAGGAAGCCUCCAAGCAAGAAAAAGCACCUGUACAAAACAAUAGAAAAGAAUCUGAAUAACAUUAAUGUGUCUGACGCAGAUCGUAGAUGUGAGGUUGAUCCUAUGUUCCAGAAAACUGCUGCCUCCUUUGAUGAAUGCAGCACGGUUGGCGUUUUCCUUACCACGCUUCACACACACAGCUAUCUCAGUGAAAUCCUGUUUGAUUCUAUGGUCACAGCUCUCCCUUCUUCUGAAACUUCCGAGCCACCGAGCUCUUCUUACGUAAAAAUGGCAGGCUUAAAAGAGAUCCUGCUGCAGUGUGUUGAAAAGCGCCCAAUUUGCCCUUCCUUGGCUGGCUUCCAAUUUACUGAGUGGGACAGCGAGACCCAUAAUGAGUCGGUUUCAGCUCUGCUGGAAAAAUUUAAGAAGAGUGACCAGGUAUUUGAUAUCAAUGCAGACAUUGAUAGUGACUCUGGGGGCAAUGCUGAGGACCCAGCAGAGGAUGACUUUGAUGCAGACCUCCUAGACAAGACAGUUGCUAAGGAUCUUGGGGAGUUCUCAGAAAAGUUGGAGGCAUGUAGAAUAACUCCAGGAACUUCAAGAAAAGGUGUUCUUCCCCUGGGGGAAGGAGACAUUGGGUCCAUGUGCCUUCAUCUGUCUAUGAAUCCCAGCGAGUACUCUUAUUUCAGCCCCCGAACCCUGUUCAUGUGGGCGGGCCCAGAGCAUUGGCGUUUCAAGCCUCACCAUAAAGGUGAUGCCAACUCCGAGAAGGUAAACAAAAAGAAGGCUGCAAAAAAAGUCUUGGAAAUAAAUUUUGAUGACAAGAUUGAGUUUGAGCUUCAUUUCCGUGAGACAAGGGCAGCUACAACUCUGGCCCCAGCAACUCUUGAAAGUCAGAACAAGAAAUUCAGCACCCUUCCCACAGACUUCCAUUAUGAUCCAAACAAUCUCACCUGCCUCUUCCUCAAACCAGCCAAUCGGCUGUGGAAAAAGCCACUAAAAGACAACUUGCCCAGUCAUGAUGAUGAGGUUGGAGAAUAUGAUUACAACAAUCCCAAUGACACCUCCAAUUUCUGUCCUGCGUUGCAGGAUGCUGACAGUGAUGACGAAUAUCCUGCUGACUUUGUGGGCCAGGGUGGGAUGUUUGAAAUGACAGCUCAUCCUGAAGGAGAAGUAGGCCAAGAUGCAGAGCUCAAUGGUGGGCCCAACAUCACUACUUAUGGAGAAUCAAACCUGGUGGCUGAGCCGCAGAAGGUAAACAAGAUAGCUAUCCAAUAUGCAAAGACUGCCAAAAAGAUGGACAUGAAGAGGCUAAAACAGGCCAUGUGGUGCCUUCUAACUGAUGCCCAGAAAAAUGGAACUGAGGAAGAGCAUGUAGUCUCGGAGAAAGGUCCUGAUUCCUCAGCGGUGAUGGGCCAGAAGGCCUUCAGCAACAUUACCAAGGAUCUGCUUACCAGGCUGCCUUCUGUUAUGGCAAAAAACCUAUCUAUACCGUUGGCAUUUGCUUGCCUCUUGCACUUGGCCAAUGAAAAGAACCUGAAGCUGGAGAGAGUGGAGGACUUGUCUGAUGUCUUGGUGUUGCAAGGAGACUAAUAUGUGCUGCAUGGGCAGAGUAAGAAGCUUUAGUAAGAAGGUUUAUCUGCCCGAUAGCUGCUUUCCCACCUUCUGGGAAUGCUCGCAUCAUUUCCAGCAACUCUGGGAGCUAUGGGAAUACAUGGUAGUUUAAAAUCAUGAGCAGUUGGUGAAAAGUAUGCCUGUUCAAGAGUGGCAUUGUGAUUUUAACCCUUUUCUGAACUCUGCACCACCACCACCCUGCUCCCCACUGUCCUCCUGAGACUAGAUGUGCUGUUCUAUGCUGUGGCCCAUGAGCCUUUUGAAAUACAUCAGUGUUCCUUCCAUAGUCAUGGUGAUUGCAAGUGACUACUGGAUAUAUUCAUUUUGCUUUUGAACAUAUGCAUCUACUUCCUGUACACAGAAAGCUAACCUGUCUCCUUUUAAUGUUCUUUAUUCUUUUAUCUUAAUUGAUUUUAUAUAUUUAUACA